AUGUGCGAGUAUAGAGUCUCAGAACCUGACAGCUAUUCGUCAGUCGUUAAAGUGAACCAAGGUGCCGUUGCAGCGCGAAUCUUUAAGGCAUUGUCGCAACGGGUAUCCAUCAAGCCGCGAGAGCCCAAGGUCGUUACCUGCGAGAAAUGGACUGAGAAGGAUACACGUGACGCUUUUGAUGCCAAUCCGCCUCCUUCAGAUGGCAAGAUUGCUGAAGCAGUACAACAUGCUGUGGUGCAAGCGCCGGCUACCUUUGAGAAGUGGGCUUACGAUGAGUCUUGUGACGUUGCUGAUAGCAGAAAGUGA